AUGUCCGGCGAUUGCAACGUGACAGCACAUAGUGCUGCUACCACGUUUUCUUGUUACAACAUACCCCUUGCCACUCAAACUCGAUUUUUCGAGUUCCGGGAAUCGCCCUCACUCUAUCCACCCUCCUUGACAUCUCUUGUAACGAUUUUUUGA